CAACAUAUACACGUGGGGCAUCGGUCGAGCCGGUGUCCUCCUUUACCCAUUUCACCCACAGUGUAGCCUGAGUCUUCAGCGACUUCUUCUGCCUGAGCACUUCCUUCAUCAACCUCUUAACGAUAGGCUUAAGCAGAAGAAGUCGCUGAAGACUCAGGCUACACUGUGGGUGAAAUGGGUAAAGGAGGACACCGGCUCGACCGAUGCCCCACGUGUAUAUGUUGACAAAGCGUUCAAUAGCUAUAUGGAGGUAUUACAUUCUAACGAUGACAUUUCUAAUGUUUUUGAUCGGAUCCGUAAUAAGAUAAUCGAGCAGAUUGAAAACCCUGCUCUACCCGCCAGUGGGUUCACAAUCGAUAAAAUCUUGCAUAUGCAUGUGGACUUUCAUAAGCUAAAAUUAACGAGAGGUAGUUCUUACUUACCGCUACCCAAGAAUUUCAGUGGAAAGCGAUCUGUGAUUAACCCACAUAACGAGGAUGAAGAAUGCUUCAAAUGGGCCGUUAUCGCUGCUCUCAAUCAUGAUAAGAUUGAUAAUCAUCCUGAACGAAUCUCAAACCUUAAGAAGUUUGAAGACAAGUGCAAUUGGGGUGGUCUAACUUUCCCAAUGGCUCUAAACAAGAUAGAUUUGUUUGAGAGAAGGAACCCUGAUAUCGCCGUGCAUGUUUUGACAAAAGAUGACAUAGAGGGUGUCUAUAUGUGUCGAAAGUCGAAGCAUCUUGACCGGGAUGAGACGGUUGUUUUGUUUUUACUGUGUGAAGGGGAUAAGAGGCAUUAUAUCGCUGUUAAGAACCUGAGUGGUGUCCUAAGCAAGGCCAACUCAAAGCAUGAACAUAAAGAGCAUUAUUGCUUGAAUUGUCUCUCUGGUUUUCCAAGCGAACGGAAAAGGGAUGAGCACUUUGAGUAUUGUAAGAAUAACGAUGCCGUUAAUAUUCAACUCCCUAAGGAGGGUAGCACCUUAACCUUCACCCACGGUCAGUACCAGCUCAAAGCCCCAUUCAUCAUGUAUGCCGAUUUUGAAGCUUUUACAAAACCUGAAGAGAUAGAGUGUGGAUCGUCCACCGAGAAAGUUGGUAAACAUAUCCCCACCGGAUUCUGUUGUUAUAGUAAAUAUGCUCAUGGUGAAGUUUUGGACCCUCUGAAGCUUUACCGUGGUGAUGACUGUGUUCCGCGCUUUGUGGAUCAUGUGGUUUCCGAGGCGAAAAGGUUAUACAACAUGUUUCCACAACUUGGUAUGCAAGAUCUAACCGAUGAAGAACUUGAUGGAUAUGAAAAUUCCACCAACUGCCACAUCUGUAUGAGAGAAUUUGGUGAUGAUGACAUCAAGGUCAGGGAUCACUGUCAUUUUACCGGAAAGUUUCGUGGAUCGGCACACAUGGGAUGUAAUCUCCGUUACAAGGUGCCUAAUUAUAUUCCGGUUGUCUUCCAUAAUCUGAGCGGAUAUGAUGCGCAUCUAUUUAUCAAAGAGCUUGCGAAGAAGUAUGGAGAAGGUGGUAUGAGUGUAAUCGCUGAAAAUAAAGAGAAAUAUAUCUCUUUCUCUACCGAUGUUAAGGUUGGUGAAUACACCAACAAAAAUGGUGAGACCAAAGACAAAAAGAUAAAGCUGAGAUUCAUCGAUUCAUUUAGAUUUAUGUCAAGAGGAUUAGGUUCCUUGGCUGACAAUCUAUCCGAUGAUCAGUGUAAAAACCUUAGAAAAUUAACAUAAUGAGAAGGAAGGGUG